CACGUAAAAGGUGGAAUAUCUGCAAUAUAAUUGAAGCCAUUCGGGAUGCUAGAUGACCUCGGAACUCACGCAUGGGGAACCUUUCAGGAGUGGCUAGCGAAACGCUUCAAGAACUCGCGAACCGGCUCCGACAGUACGAGCUGCCGCUAGGACUAGAAAUCGACCACAAAGAAGAGAAGAGUGGCGAUCUAUUUACAAAAUCCAAAGAUGGGGCAAAUGAUCAAUCCCAAUGUGCUCGAGAUGGCAUUUGUUGCUGUCCCAUCGAGCCGAGGAGGAAGAGAAGAGCUGCCGUCCUGGUGUGCCUCUUUGAAGGCCACGGAGGAGAGCUUCGAGUCAUUCUUACUAAAAGAUCGAUGAAACUGUCUUCUUAUCCUGGAGAUGUUGCAUUGCCGGGUGGAAAGAUGGAAGAACGUGAUAAGGACGACGCUGCGACCGCAUUAAGAGAAGCCACAGAAGAGAUCGGCUUGGACCCGGAAUUGGUUCAAGUCGUUGCUAAUUUGGAACCCUUCUUUUCUCAGCAUCUCUUCGAGGUCAUACCAGUCAUCGGCCUACUCGCCAAGAUAGAAGAUUUCACGCCCUCGCUGAAUGCGGAUGAAGUGGAUCUGGUUUUCGAUGUCCCAUUGGAAAUGUUUCUGAAGGAGGAGAAUCACAGAUGUGAGGAGAAAGAAUGGCUAGGAUGGAAGUACGUUCUUCACGUUUUUGAUUUCCGACCAGAGCAAGAGACUUUCCGUAUAUGCGGAUUGACAGCGAGAAUUCUGAUCCGGGUGGCGUCCAUCGUUUUCCAGCAGCCUCCUUCGUUCGACCUGCACACUCCCAACUUCCGACAAUUGCAGCAAGUACUCGAAGAUAUCAGACGGAAAACUUGAAGUUUGGCACUACGACAAGCUAAGCACUGGGGCCAUGGUCCUUACAUCGUGGUCCUUACAUCUAUUGAGGUAAACACCAAAGACAACGACGACCAGGCGCAGAUCAUGGUACUCUUAUUUGCACCGCAUAAUGCCAUUUUCUCGGUUGCAAAUUCAAGUAAUGAAUUUUUAAGAUUAUCAUAGCGAACAUGAAUGAUCAUUGUAAUCCAUUUACUCUCUCGGAUCAUCUGAUGUUCUCAAUCAUAACUCGCUGUGUCGAACCGAGUAGUAUUAAGGUAUGAUUAAUGCUCGAGUGAGAGAGGUUGAGGGGGACAACUGGUUUGUUUCAGAUUCUCUAUUCACCAAAACACACAGACGUACAAGAA